UUUUUUUUUUUCUUCCCAGGAGCGAACGUGAUUUUGUAUCAACAGGUCCGAAGCUAACUCCGUCAAACCUCUACUUGUGUGAUGUAGGUCAGUCGUCGUGCAGUCGGCUCUACGCUGGUCUAAUUAUUCAAUUGGUAGCUUUUUGCAGCUUGGACGCAGAACUUCUCGAGGAAAAAUGGUGAAGAAGUUGACUUCAUCAGUCUACCUUGGAUUUUUACUCUCCACUGCUACCAUAGCACUGACCCUUUGGAAUGCCAUCAGCGCCCAGGAGUCCAGCAAGCAUCUCCAGUGGCCCGUCAGGACUUCUGAAUCCCUGGUCAUCCGGAGCCUUGCUUCAAAGGGGUACCUCAGUCCGGAUGAGCUCAGGCAUCUCCAUUUCAAGACCACCACAGGCUCCAUCCAGUUGUCAGAAGGACACGAGGCCAAGUUCAGCUGCUCCAUUGAUAUUCCUGAUACUCAACUGGAGCCGACCAUCUUGUGGAUGAAGGAUGGUCAAGACCUGGCUUCAAACAUGCAGGUGCUGAUUAAUGAACUGCAGACCAUCACAGACAGGGCAACGACGUUCCUUUCCACUGUCAGCAUUACCCAGGUGCAGAGGGCUGAUGCUGGAGAGUACCGCUGCAGACUCGGCAUUGGCAACAUGACAGUGGAGUCUCAGCCUAUCACCAUCAGAGUAGAAGGUCUUCCGACAUUUAUCCAGCAACCCGAGGACAGAAACAUAACAAAGGAUACUCCUUUUACUCUAUCAUGUGAGGCGGUAGGACCUCCAGACCCCAUUAACAUUCGCUGGUUGCGUGAUGGAAUACCUGAUGGUGUCUACUAUAAAUCCCCCAACACUUACAAUGUGGAAGGUGUCAACAAGUAUACUCAGUUCAGCUGCGAAGCUUACAAUUUGAAGGGGGUCAGUACAUCCAGAGAGGCAAACGUCAACAUAAAAGUACACCCCAGUGCUGUGUCAAACGUGACUGUGAUUGCGAGGGAAUCCAGUAAGUUGAUGGUGAGCUGGGUGCCCGGACAUGACGGCUUCUCUCCGUUGGUGAAGUGCCAAAUCAGGUUGAAAGAGGUGAGCCGCAGGAUAGGGGAGGUGACAAUAACCAGGUUCAUCAACGUCACGGUGCCGCCGUUCCAGUGUGAAAUCCCUGGGCUGCAGGCCAUGACGUCUUACAACAUGAGUGUUUCCUGCAGCAAUGAGGUGGGGUCUUCGCCCAUCUCCCCUUGGCUUCAGAGCAACACAACAGAGGGAGUGCCCUCAUUUUAUCCUCGAAAUGUCACCAUGCACCUGAAUGAAACAUGGCUGGUGAUCAGGUGGAAGCCUCCACCGGAUGAUAAGAUCAACGGUAUCCUGCAAGGCUAUGACAUUAUUGUCCGACAUGGGACACAAGUGAACAAAAUCCACAGUUACACCAACACAGCCUUUGUAGCAGUGCACGAUUUCAACAUCACUUACAGUGUGGAGGUGGCUGCAUGCACACGUGCUGGGAGCGGCAUGGUCAGCCCACGGGUCUGGCUGUUUGUGCCAGAGGACAAAUAUGGUCCAUCACCGUCCUCAAGCCCCGGGACCAAGAUUCCAGAUUCAGUCAGUGUUGUUCUGGGCGUGGUGUGUGGAGUCUGUCUUUUGAUGCUUGUCCUCUGGGUGGCUAUCUGUAUUCACAACAGGACAUCUGACUCUUGGCUUGCGAGGAUGUUGGGAAGUGGACAAAAGGAGCAGCCGAUUGUACAGUACAAACCUCAGAGAUCCUACAACCGGUCUGCUGUUGGAAUAACACUCGUAAACCUUGGUGUCAGUGAUGAACUCCACACCAAACUGCAGGAUGUGAUGGUCAUGAGGAACUUGCUGUCAAUAGGAAAGGUUCUUGGAGAAGGUGAAUUUGGCUCAGUGGUGGAGGGGCAUUUACAACAACCAGAUGGGAUGUCAGAAAAAGUGGCAGUGAAGACAAUGAAAUUGGAUAGUUUUUCCCAGAGAGAAAUAGAGGAGUUUCUGAAUGAAGCAGCCUGCAUGAAAGAUUUCCACCAUCCUAAUGUCAUCAGGCUGCUUGGCGUGUGCCUGGAAACGGGUGCCGGACACUUCCCCAAGCCGAUGGUCAUCCUGCCCUUUAUGAAAUACGGUGACCUACACACAUUUCUGCUGCGCUCACGCUUGGGAGAGAAUUCAGUAUUCUUACCAACACAGGCUCUCUUGAAGUUCAUGGUGGACAUUGCCUCUGGUAUGGAGUAUCUCAGUGGUCGGAACUUUCUGCAUCGCGACCUGGCUGCUCGCAACUGCAUGCUGCGAGAUGACAUGACAGUAUGUGUCGCCGACUUUGGGUUAUCCAAGAAGAUCUACAGUGGCGAUUACUACAGGCAGGGAAGAAUUGCCAAAAUGCCUGUCAAAUGGAUAGCAGUUGAGAGUCUGGCAGACAGAGUAUUUACUGUCAAAAGUGAUGUGUGGGCAUUUGGUGUGACCAUGUGGGAGAUCGCUACACGAGGAAUGACUCCAUAUCCUGGCAUUCAGAAUCACGAAAUUUAUGACUACCUCCUUGAAGGACACAGACUAAAGCAGCCAACAGACUGUUUGGAUGACCUGUAUGAAAUCAUGUAUAGCUGUUGGAGGGCCGAUCCCCUGGACCGACCCCUUUUUUUCCAACUGCGAGAACAGCUGGAAAAAAUCACCGAAAGGUUUCCGGAGUCUUUUAGCAAAGAGGAUAUCAUCUACAUUAACACCAGCUUCCAGGAUGAAAGCCCUGAUGGAGAAGCUCCAGAAUAUCCGGUGUUCGGCUCCUCCCCUUCCUGCAGUCGAGAGGAAGCAGAAAACUCUGUAGUAGCGGUUGACGUUCACGGGAGCGUGGGGGACGAGGACGACGAUUGUCGUUACGUGGUGGUGAUCUCCCCAGAUACGUCACUGAGAUCUGCAACACUGGACACGCCUCUGUUGUCAAGUGAAUCUUCAAGUCGCUCAAACGGCAACAUGUUUCCUGAGGCUACAUGGACAGAUAACAACUCCAGUCAUGCUUCCCGCUUGCUGUAAAGUUUGGUACCAAGACGUUUUAAUGUAUUGCAUCAAAUAUUAAGCAGUGGUUGAGUACUAAACAUUUUUGCCCUGCUGCACCGGGAGGACCUGUAGUGUUAUUUAGUUUUACAGCAAAGUAGGGUUUGAUCAACUCACAGUAUUAUGUCAAUGUUGAUGUCAGCCUAAAAACAUGUUUGCACAUAAGCUUAGAACUCACUAGACUGUGAAAUGGUUUACUGUAGUAUUUUGUUGGUUGAUGUGAAUAUUGUAAUGUAAAUAAUGUGUAUAAAUGCAUAUUGUAUACUGUAAGAAUAAAUAAUUUAUAGUCUCAGGAAAA